UAAUCCAUGUUUCCAGAUUAAAGUUUCCUCUGAAUAAAAGUCCCUUCAUGGAGAUCAUAUUUGCUCUUAUUUACAAUGAACACGUGUUGACCUGAUUUGCUGUCAGUUAACAAUCAUUGAUAGUUACUUGUUGUUUUCCUUGUAGUCUGUCUUGAAGUCAUAAAUAUUACAUUAGUCAGUGAUUUACUAGAAUUACUUAUGCCCUCAGUUAUCAUAGGGUUACUGAAUAUAAUGAUACAGUAACCUCUCCUUUGUACUGUGUAAUAUAAAAGUCAGUCAGGUUUGCAGAUGACACAGAUACUGUUGAGUUUUCACUGACAGAAUGGAGAUCAUGGUUUUUUUCACGCUGUUGCUUCUGGUCUGCUCUGUUUCCACAAAUCAGACUGAGGCAGAUAAUGAAAUUGUUGACCAGCAGAUUUCAAACCAACAACCCUGUCCACAGGACAUCCAUGCUGUGCUCAGAGAGAUGGCAGUCUCACUGGCUUUACAGACAGAGCGGAUUACUGUCCUACAGAAAGAGAAUCAAGAACAAGCAGCAAAGCUGGAGACUGAGAUCGAUCAGCUGAAGCUGCAGUCAGAAGAACAAGUAGCAAAGCUUGAGAGUCAGAAAACUGAGAUCGACCAGCUGAAGCACGAACUACAAGUCAAACAGGUGGCUUUCUCAGUCGGUCUGCUGGAUCAAGGCAGCGGAGAAAUUGGACCCUUUAACACUCAGAUUAUUCUGAUUUUCAAACAUGUUGUCACAAACAUUGGAAAUGCCUACAAACCACACACAGGUAUUUUCACUGCACCAGUGAGAGGAGUCUACCACUUUGACUGGAAAGUAUAUGGAAUUGGAAACUUUCCUGCAGGUGCCUAUUUGUUCAGGAAUGGAGAGAAAAUUUUUAUUACAUUUGUACGUCAAACAUUUGGUGGUGUGAGCGCCUCUAAUGGAGCCUCACUGCUUCUAGAGGUUGGAGAUCAGGUGUCUGUACGUAUUGAUCCUGGUGCAAGGCUAUUUGACAAUCAAAACCAUCAUACCACCUUCAGUGGUCAUCUGAUAUUCACCAUGUGAGAGGUGUUGCAGCUCGAACACUUCCUGUUUGGACUGUCAUGUGUGGGCGGAGCUUAGCCAUUUUUAGAAGUAAAACAGGAAGUAAAUCACCUGCUGGAAUCAGUUUCUUGCUGACUAUUAUCUAUAAGUUGGUAAACUGCAUUAUUUUUUAUUGGCUCCACUGUCCUGUGUUGGUCAGUCUGUUAUUUUGGUGACUGCUGGCCCACAUGUUUGCUUUUAACUGGAGUCUUUCCUGUUAAGUUUAGCAAAAUCCAACAGUUCCUCUUUUUUCUCUUCUUUGAUAAUCAUGCAGGUAUUUUUCUUAAACACUUAACAGAUGUUAAA